AUCUUUCCUAGUCAGGCCGAGGCUCCCCCACAGAAGUACUCGUGAGUCCUCGUCAAUAUCAUUUUGGAUGUCCCUUAGUUGCUGUUGCUACCACCAAUUGGAACUUGGCCCGAGAAGCAGGAGACUCGCUCAGCACGAUGUCCUUUGUACCAACAGAGCGUGCCCGGGCUCUGUCGACCGACAAGCGUAAGGCUGAGAUCAUCAUUGUCGGUGCUGGGGCAGUUGGGUUGCUCACAGCCCUCAAGCUUGGAAGAGCGGGCAUAGAUACGAUCGUGCUGGAGGCAUACAAUGACAUCCUCCGAGCCCCUCGGGCGAUUGCCUACAUGCCCGUAGUGGUCAAGGAACUGCAGAAGCUCGGCAUCUACGACAGGCUUAAAGCCAUCGGAGAAGUCAACAAUCGGGGUGUCACCUGGAGGAGUCAAGCGGGCGAGGAGUACGCGUACUUUGAUCCUGAGCAGGAACGCCUUACUCUCGGUCAAGACAAGGUCGCCCUUGCGGUCCUUGGCGUUUUGAAAGAAGAAUGUCCGACCGUCCAAGUGAUCUUCGGCCAACGCGGUGUGGGACUUGAGCAGGAGACUGGGGCGGUCAGGGUGAUGACGACUGGUGAUGAGGAGGAUCAUAUCUGGGAGGCGAAAUUCGUCUUGGGCUGCGACGGGGCCAACUCCAGCGUCCGGCGCAUGUCUAUGAUUCCCUUUGAAGGCUUUACCUGGAAAAACUUUCGCUUCACCGCGGUCGACGUGGAUUACGACUUCGUCGGCCAUUGCGGCUUUCCUCAAGCAAACAUGGUCGUGGAUCCGGAAGAAUGGGCUGUCAUUGCGAAGACAGGAAAUGGAAACAUCUGGCGUGUCUGCUAUGGCGAACGGCCUGAGCUCUCCCUGGACAAGAAGGAAAUGAACGACCGUGCCCAUGGUCGCAUCAUGGGCUUUCUGAAACCUAUGAACAAGGACGGCAUCUUCGACUACAAAAUCACCCGUCUAAGCCCAUAUUGGGCCCACCAGAGAUGUGCAACGACAUACCGCAAGGGUAACGUGCUUCUCGCUGGGGACGCGGCGCAUAGCAACAAUCCCGUGGGAGGUCUGGGUCUGACCGGAGGAAUUUUGGAUGCGGUUGUCUUUGGCAAUGCGCUCAUCCGACACCUUCGAGGAGGCGAGCCGGAUGAAAUUAUCACCAAGGCGGCAGAAGCCCGACGGUCGACAUGGCUCAGUUUCAUCAACCCAACUUCCCAGACCAAUUUCCGACGGCUGUUUUCAGUGGAAGACGCGGACGCUUCCGAGAGAGAGGCAUUCUUCAAAAAGUUGAAUCAGGCGGACGAACAAUUUUUGGCGGCUGCUAGAUCGCAUACGAAUCUCUUGCCGGACGAUUUCGAGCCCGUCGAGACAAAGAUCCUACAUGCCCACAUCUAG